UCCUGACACUGCCUUUUAAAACAAUGAUUCGGAACACAUCACUGCUAAUUCUUUCGUUGCUUUUUCUGUUCUCUGCGUUUGGGUUAAGCGAACAGGGAGGAUUUUGCCACGAAGAGAUGGCUACACUUGGUGGGAUUAGAGAUUCGCAUGGUUCAUCGCAGAAUAGCGACGAGAUCCAUAGCCUUGCUAAAUUUGCUGUCGAUGAGCACAACAAGAAGGAGAAUGCAAUGAUUGAAUUGGCCAGAGUAGUGAAGGCGCAAGAGCAAGUUGUUGCUGGCACACUGCACCAUCUGACUCUUGAGGUCAUAGAUGCUGGAAAAAAGAAACUCUAUGAGGCUAAGGUCUGGGUCAAACCAUGGCUGAAUUUUAAGGAACUUCAAGAGUUCAAGCAUGUUGAAGAUGGUCCUACCUUUACUGCUUCAGAUCUAGGAGUUAAGCAAGAAGAGCAAACCGCUGGAUUGAAGUCAGUACCUGUGGAUGAUCCGGUUGUUCACGAAGCUGCAGCGCAUGCAAUUAAGACCAUUCAGCAGAGAUCCAAUUCACUACUUCCAUAUGAACUCAAAGAGAUUGUUCAUGCUAAUGCUGAGGUGUCACAUACUAUAUCCUGCAAUCUUAGAUGGAAGAAGCUACAGAAAAAAAUUCAAAGACAAUUGAAAAGGAAGCUGUGGGCCUGUUUUCCAUGAAAGACAUAGGAAUGGCAAAGAGUUGUAUCAACCUAUUAUUUUGAAGGAGAAGAUUCAGUAAAGAAAGUGUCUAAACACCUAUCCAACAUCUCAACCAAUCAAGUCUUCAGUAAAAGAAGACAAUACAAUGUUUGUUUCAGUUUAUCUGCUACAAUUUUUAGCUUUAAAUCUCCUAUCACCUUCUUAUAAAAGUGUGACUUGUAAAAUGUUCCAUUAUAGUAUGGUACCUUUUCAGUAGUAUUUUACUGGUUCCCUUGCCCCCGAUCCCCUCCAUGGAAAACAUGGAUUAAAAGAAUCACAAUAUUUAAAGAAUUCCUCUGUUAGUAUUAAAUUUGAGUCCUCCCUGAGCAAACAUAGAUAUACUUGUAUUACCAAUCUAUAAAUUUUAGAGCUCCUGUCUUAUAUCA